CAUCUUCAGAUGGAAGUAUUUUGUCAAACGAUGUACAACAGAUCUAGGUGUUCGAGGUAUUUAUUAACCAAUUAAUUCAUUCAUUCAUCACCCGAAGUUCAUAAUCUCGUUCCCCGAUAGACUUUGAUUCACGGAAUACAGCGAUUUGGUGGUAUUACAUCUUUUGACGUCGAGGGAACGUUUAUCAACAAUCACAAGAAUUCGAGCGAAACAACGUAAUGUUUCAUCGCGCAGCAAACCUCCGAAAAUGGAUAAAUUCUAAAGGAAUUCUCUGAAAUUCGAUUAAGAUGGAUGAAUCGUUCGUUCUUCUGACCGUAAACUCAUGGGACAUAUUGAUGCUGUCUUGGAAAUGGAAUUAUAAUUUCUGCACCACCGACGAUCAGUUCUGCCGAAUCUCGAUGAUGAUACUUGUGUAAUCGCACCAGACGUAUGCCGCUGAGAAGAGGCAAUUGUAUCUCGCUAAGGUCCGCCUGCAAUAUUAUUAUUCGUAGAAGAUUCAGUUGCACGAUUAUAUAAAUUACGGAAAACUGGGAGAAUUGCUCUACCCGUGUCUCACGGGAGUAAUAACAACAUCACCAACAACGACAACAGCAAUAAUAUUAUAAUUAACGGACGUGAGAUUAAACAACGGAAUGCUGCAGUUGAGUAAACUAAUUGAACUCGAACAUAAAUUCAUUAUAUAAACCUUCCGAUAAACAGGUAUUUACAAAUUGCAAUUAAUUGGGCUCUAGUUAAAUGCCAAAAUACAGGGUGUCCUUUUUUUUUUCAUAUCUUAAGCCCAUGAAAUAGUGACAGUGACCAUAUCGCACCUCAGUGUAAAAACGAUGUGACUGAUUUAUAUUGUUACAACUUUUUCGGUGUACUUUUUUUUUUCUCGAAUCGUUCGAAAAACUAUACACAGUGGAGAAUAAAAAUCUGUCGACAGAAAUAUCAGGUACAAAAAACACCACUGAUUAAUAAUAGCACUUUGAGGAUUGAAGAAAAAAAGAAAGUGACAUUGAAAGUGUAUUCGAACGGGGUGCAGUCGAAGGUUGUGUAAGGACGGACGCCUAUACGGUGGCGUAGGUUUCGGGGAAUGCGCAGGGAGGACAGCAGCUGAGGGUUACGCGGGCUAUAAGAGGGACGCCGAGCGUCGCGACGCCACAGAGGCUUCUGCUGUCUCCGGUCACUGCAGAUUAUCAAUUUUUACCGUCUCUGAUUCAUUUCUUCUCCCAAAAACUGUCACAGAGGAGAAACGAGAGCGGAGAAGAAAAAAGCAGGAGACGAAUCGAAGGGAAAAAAUAAAUUAAACGAAACCAUCGCACGCCGCUCGAGAGCUUCUUGUCAAAAUUCAAAGGACACAACCGAAAACGAGAUUGAAAUUGAAUAACGAGGAAAAAAAAUUAUCAAAAUUCUCCAGGAUGUUCUCCAAUCCUUCGUCAUGGAUUCCGGCGCACUUCUACACCCUGUCCGUAACACUCGUUGGUCUAAUUGUCACUCUAACUUCUGCUACCAGCCCCGAUCUCACUCCUCGACUCGAGCAACAGUUACCAAUCGUACCGGAUGUUCAAUCGGAGAUCGCGUCCGAUCCAUUUCUUCUCGAGGACCACCACGGGCCUAGAGAAUCACGUGCUGCGGUCCACUUUAUCUCAGAUUGCAUGCACGUUACAUCGGAAGGUGGUCAUUUCGUUUACAAAUCAUCUUCAAACGAUCAAACGGUUUGCGGUGUAUUUUUCCUGACCGAUCCCGACCGCAGAGUCGAACUUCAUUUCACUUACUUGGACGUACCUUGCGAACGAGGCGGUCUUGUUUCCUUUGUCGACGGAUGGGAGUUGAACGGCGAGGUGUUUCCGAGUGCAGCGGAUCAUCCCUUAGCCCUGGACGAAAGGGUUUCGGAAUUUUGUGGUAGACGGGUAAAAAAGGUAUUUUUGAGUUCGCAAAAUGCCGGAUUGAUUCAAUAUCGAAUUCCUCAACGCGGACGAGGUUUCAGCGUAAUGGUGCGUUACCCAAAAAAUCCCACUCCCUGUAACGUAUUGGUAGACAGCAUGUCGGAUUUAUUCACUCUACGGAAUUAUGGACGUCGUGUGAAUUGCACCUUGAGUGCUAUGUACCCGGCAGCGGUGAGGGUGAUUGCUCUUGGAGUCGGUAUCGCGAGUCCCCGAGGUGCCAAUCGGGAAAUGGAAACGGGAACGGUGCACAAGUGCGACAAACGAGGGCUACAGGAUCACGUUCAAAUUGGAGGAAGCGAUGGACUCGAUUCGACGAAUUUGGUCCUUCUCGACUCGAUUUGCGGUGUGAAUUCCAAGCCAGAGGACAUCGAGAACGUAAUGGGCUGCGGUGUAACGUCGGUGAGGUUGGUAUCCAGUGGUCUUUUCGACAAUUCCGUUACGGUCGCUGUGCGUCCGGCAAAUGAAAACGACAUUCUUGACGCCAAUUUAAUUUGCGGUAUUUGAAGUUACUACGCAACGGUUUCUCCAAGAAUGAGAAUCCUUCGAUGCACGGAGAUGCAGACUAGAAUUAUAUUUUUUCAUUUCAGAUUCUUAAAGUGUUAACUAUACAUUCCACGUUUCAAGAUUUUUGAGAUACUGAUAAUUGAGAAGGAAGAACGAAGAAAAAAACAAUUCCAGAAAACGGUGUAAUUUUUUUAAUUCUUUUCGUUUCUAUUAAAAAUUUGUUCGCGAUUAAUAUCCCCUGAAUCUCUUGUGCCACGUAUAAGUAUACGAUCAGAUGACUAGGUUUUCGCUAAGAAAAAGAAAUUAUGUACAUGCUGUUACCACACCUAUAUCGUGCAAUUGCGUAAAUUUUGGAAAAAUUGUCCUGUAAGUCUUCUUGUUUUUGUUAUACAUUUGAACUUUGUCAAAGGUAUACAUAAUUAUGAAAAGUUUUACCGAUAAUAAAUUUAUUGUAGCAUAUCA